GCAAUGUGGUUGGUCCGAAACAUGACACUCAAAGCCAACCCGGAACCGUACAUGGACGCGGCAGACAAAAACAAAAGAGAGUCGCGCUUCUACGGGGUUAAAACAUCAAUGCGUUUGGCUCGCAAGAGAAAUGUCACUUAAAGAUGGUGGAGAGAGUAAAAAUGGUCAACCUGUGGCAUCCCCUGAAAGAAUGGCCACAGACAAAAGCAGAGAAAACCAAAAGCGGCAGGGAGUCGAGGGAACAGGCAGCACCACAGACACCAGCACAGCAGCAAAGAACUUGGCUUUCCUUAAAGCACACUCUCUAGAUGUGAAGUUCGAUGUUGGAGAGGAGUAUGAUAUUAUAGAAACCAUUGGCACUGGGGCCUAUGGUGUUGUUUCAUCAGCCAGACGGCGGGACAAUGGACAGCAGGUGGCGAUAAAGAAGAUCUCCAAUGCUUUUGAAGUGGUGACGAAUGCCAAACGUACACUGAGGGAACUGAAAAUUCUUAAACACUUCAAACAUGAUAACAUUAUUGCCAUCAAAGACAUCCUGCAACCAAAUCUUCCUCACUCUGCCUUCAAGUCUGUGUAUGUGGUAUUGGACCUCAUGGAGAGUGAUCUGCACCAGAUUAUACAUUCUGCCCAGACACUAACCCCAGAGCACACACGCUACUUUCUGUACCAGCUCCUCCGUGGCCUUAAGUAUGUGCACUCUGCCAACGUCAUCCACCGUGACCUCAAACCUUCCAACCUGCUGGUGAAUGAAAACUGUGAGCUAAAAAUCGGUGACUUCGGCAUGGCCAGGGGUCUCAGUUCACACCCUGAGGAGUCUCAUUCUUUCAUGACUGAAUAUGUGGCAACUCGAUGGUACCGUGCUCCUGAACUCCUGUUGUCUCUAAAUCACUAUACUUUGGCUAUCGACUUGUGGUCCGUGGGCUGCAUCUUUGCUGAAAUGUUGGGACGUAAACAGCUUUUUCCUGGGAAGCACUACGUACACCAGCUCCAACUUAUUCUGAAUGUGUUAGGCACUCCUCCUGAGGGUCUAAUCGGUGCUAUUAGGGCUGACAGGGUGCGCUCAUAUGUUCAGAGUCUUCCAUCACGCUCUCCUGUACCUUUGGCCAAACUAUAUCCACAAGCUGAACCAGCAGCUUUAGACUUGCUGGCGGCCAUGCUGCGCUUUGACCCUCGCCAGCGAAUCAGUGUGACAGAAGCUCUGGAGCAUCCUUACCUGGCGAAGUACCACGACCCAGAUGAUGAGCCAAUUUGCGUGCCAGCUUUUGACUUUGAGUUUGACAAGCUUCCAAUGAACAAGGAACAAAUUAAAGAGGCAAUUCUGAUGGAGAUCCAGGACUUUCACAGAAACAAACAAACCUCUCGUCAGAGGCUGCAGUUCAGGCCUUUGGUGAGGAUGAAUGGUGGAGCUGCAGCGCAAAGCAGUAACCACUGCAAUGCUCAGCCUGCCACUGUCAGCCUGACAAAAUCAACAGUGGUUCCGUUGGCACAACACCCACAAGCAGCACAGAUACAGCAGCAGCAAAUGAGAGAGGUCAAAUCUCAGCAGCAACGAGACCACACACCAGCAGAAGGGAGCCACGCAUUUACAAAUCAAAUGACAACCUUCAAUAAGCCUUCAUCUGUUUUAGAAGCCGCCCCCACCCAUGUCUCCCAUAAUUUACCUAUCCUCAGUAAAAGCGAAAGUGGCCCAGUUGAUGUGGACAUGCCCAGUGCCAACUCAGAAAACGGUCAACCAGAGACUAUAGAUUUAACAACACCAGUGUCUAGUCAGGAUGCUUCAUCAGAGACGAUGAGAGACGGCGAGACACAGCGGCAGCUAACAAACAGUCAGACUCCUCUAGCUCGAAACACCCAGAGCCACACCAUGGCCCAGGCGGCAAACUCCAUUCCUACGAAAUCAGCACAGACACUGACACUGCUCUCCACCACUGUGCCUUCCCUCUCUCUCUCUGCAGCACAGGCCCAGUCACUUUCUCAAUCUCUUUCACAGUCACUGUCCAAGACUGCCAGACCCGCUCCAUGUGCAGCAGAGGGAACCAGAAAAGAAGGUGCUAUUUCAGAAGAUACUAAAGCUGCACUUAAAGCAGCUUUAUUGAAAUCAGCUCUCAGAAAUAAAGCCAGGGGUGAUGGAGGCACUUCUGCUCUGGGCAUCGACACAAGCGCAGGAGGAGGUGUAUCGUCCUCCCUGUCUUCCGUUCCAGAGUCGCGUCGGCCUGUCACAGCCCAGGAGCGUCAACGAGAAAGAGAGGAGAAAAGAAGGAAGAGGCAGGAACGCGCAAGAGAGAGGGAGAGGAAAAUGAGAGAAAAAGAAAAAAGAGAAGGAAAACAAGGGGAUUCGCUGGGUGGGGUUCUGCUGAGUGACAACGAUAAAAGUCUUUUGCAGCGCUGGACAAAGAUGAUGGACAGCCGCAAUGAGAAAUCUCAGACUUGUAAUAACGACGGCGCAAAGAUAAAGGACUGCAAUGUGCACAGAGGCGUAGUUAUCACUGAUAACUCUCAAGGAGCACUAAACAAUAAAACAGAUAAGGAAGCGAUGUCUCAAGUUAAACCUAACCAGCCGGGCUUGUUUCAGGCUCCCAGCACCCAGCAACCAUCGUUAGUUUUCUCCAUGAGCCAGACGAAGCCUCCAGCGGAUAUAGUUGUUGCUGUAAGUGGAGGCAUAGAUAUAAUGACUGUCACUAGUGGCUUUGUUAAAAACGACACACUGAAACCUCACAGUGAGAGCAAUGGGCAGAGUGGAUUCAAUUGUUUGGGGAAUUGGAGUGGGCAGCAAUUAGAGACAAGGGCACAGCCAAACAGGACAUCACAGCCGCUGCCGCCGAGCUUUCUUCAGCCACAGCUCCAACCUCAGAAUCAAACUCAACCUGACCCUCAACCUCAGUCACAGCUGCUUGCCCUGGAGGGUUUUUUGUCAAAACCUCCACCACUGAGCACCAGAGAAACAAACCGGAAUGUGGAUAUCAGAGGGCAGACUAAUCAUAACUCCCACUCCAACUCCCUCACUGCAAGUGCUGGACCAAUGGAGAAGAUUUGUCCCUCUGCAGGAGAGAAAACUGCACCACAGACCACAAAUCCUCUCUGUGGAUCUUUAGGGGUCCCCUCUCAGCCUAAGUCCAGCUUAGGGUUCACAGAUACUGGACAGCAAGGACCCUCCAUUGCCCCCGACAUUCAUAUGGUGACACUGCAGCUCUCAAAGUCCCAGGUAGAGGACCUUUUACCCCCUGCAUUCUCAGUCACCCCUAAGGGCAGCGGGGCUGGCUACGGCUUGGGCUUUGACCUGGAUGACCUUCUCAACCAAUCUCUUACAGACUUGCAACACUGUGACCGAGAAUGUUAUGACUCAGCCCCCCUCUCGGCCUCCCUUUUAUCUGAUUGGAACGAGGUUCACCGCAUGACUCCAGCUGAUCUGGAGUCUCUGCAGCAGGAGUUACAGCUCGGCUCUCCCAUGAUUCUCUCUGAUACCAUCCCUCCUGACGCCUGACUUACCCUUUCCUGAGACAACAUUUGGAUUUGUGUGAAUUUUUUUUUUUUUUUUUAAACAUAAAAGCCCAUUAAUUUAAAAGCUACCUUUUCAAAUAGGCACUACCAUGAAGUCAUUUUUUACCAUUACAACAUGCUGUGCUUUCUUAAUAAUAAAGAUAA